AUGUCACUGGCUGAACAGUCUCAAAAGUGGUUUCCAACUCAUGUCCAAGCCACUGUUCUUCAAGCUGCUAAUUUACAACCCAAGGGCAAAAAUGGCACCAAUGAUGCUUACACCAUUAUCCAGCUGGGCAAGGAAAAGUACUCAACAUCAGUGGCAGAGAAGACCCUCAAUCCUGAAUGGAGAGAAGAAGCUUCCUUUGAACUACCAGGGUUACUUUUGGAUGGCAACCCAGAAGUCUAUGAGCUGUUGUUCAUUGUUAUGCAUCGGUCCUUGGUCGGGCUUGACAAGUUCCUGGGUCAGAGAGCCAUCAAACUCAAUGAAGUUUUUGACAACAAGCAACGACAGAAAACCGACUGGUACACCUUGCAGUCCAAACCGUCGAAGAAGAAAAAGGAGCGAGGACGCAUUCAAGUCAGCAUCCAGUUUAUGCGGAAUAAUAUGACAGCCAGUAUGUUUGACCUGUCCAUGAAGGAGAAGCCCCGCUCACCUUUUUCUAAGCUUAAAGUCAAAAUAAAGGGGCGCAAACAUGACGGUGACACAUCUUCAGCCAUCCUACCGCGCUCUGCAGCGUGCGACUCAGACGCUGAUUAUCAUCCAACUGCCACACAACCGCGAUCUCAGCCUGAGACGAAAGCUAAGAAAUCGUUACUCUCUGGUGCCCAGAAACUCUCUGCAGCGCACUCCAUGUCAGAUCUUAUUGGGACACACUUUCGACCAAAAUUAGACUCCAUGAAUUCCAUAGAAGAAAGCGGCACAGCUGCUCCUCACAGGCGUUCUCAGAGUGAGGUACCAGACCUCCAAGACAACGAGGCACACGGUGACCCUUUUACUGAUAUCAGUGACACCCUGCCACAAAAGUAUGCCACGCUCCCACGCAACCGCAAUCCAUUCGAGGGGGAUCAAGGGCAGCUGUGGGACAAGCCCAAGGAGAAAAAGGAGAAGAUCAGUCUACUGGAACGUAUGACCGGAAAGAAGGAUGGCCGCAAGACCAGCAAUGGGGGUCGUUUGGGCAGUGAAGGCAGUUCAGGAGACUUGCGCUCCCCGAACCCUUUUAGUGGCGAUUCAAAAAUGCACAAUAACCCUUUCAGCUCCAACUAUAAAACAAGUGACAAAAAGCCACUUGGAAAUAAAGACCUCAUUCUGAACCAAGGGAGCAGGGACAUCUACGCCAUGAAAAAUGAUGUGGUACAGGGGAAUAUGGACGCCUAUAGAAACUUGUCGUUUGAGGAAGUGGUGCAAGAUCUCAUCAAGCAUAAAGAAAUCGUGAAAAAGAAAGAUGCCCACAUCAGAGAACUGGAGGACUACAUAGAUAACCUGCUAGUCCGCGUCAUGGAGGAAACACCAAGCAUACUGCGGACACCCUAUGAACCUAAGAAAAAAGCAGGUAAAUUUAAUAAAAAGUAG